AUGAAAUUUUCUUUCGAGGACGGAAUUAUUGGUGUUACCAAUACGAUCAUUCGAUCUAUACCUGAACGAAUUUUAAAAGGCAUACUUUACAACGGAGAUAAUUUAUACGAGCCUCGUCAUACUGAAAAUGUAACUGAAAAUGACGAGCUCGCUUAUACUUAUCAUCACGUUAUUUAUCGAGUACCGGAAACGAAGAAAAAAAAAUAUAAGGAUUUCAAAUUAACAAAUUCAAAGAAAUACGAUAGAAUAGUCAAAGAAAAGCGUAAUGUACCAGAUGUUAUCUAUCCCGAAGUUUUAAUCAUAAUGGACAACAGCGAAUAUGCAUUGGUUGGCAGAAACGUGAAACACGCUAUGAGAUACAUUCUUUCAUUUUGGAACGGGGUCGAUUUAAGAUACAGAUUAUUAAAUAAUCCAAGGAUUCGAUUCAACAUUGCCGGUAUAGUUAUAGCCUUGGAUAACAAUGCAACUCCGUACAUGGAAAAAAAUCGAUUAGGAAACGAAUCGCUUCUGGUAGACGUUGAUAAAGCCUUACGCGAAAUGGGAGAUUAUAUUUAUCGAGAGACAAGAUUUCCAAUUGGUUUCUUUGACAUAGCGAUCACUAUGACGCAAUUAGAUAUAUGCAACAUGUUUGAUGAUUAUUGCGAUGAUUCGACCUUAGGUUACGCAUACGUAUCAGGAGCAUGUAACAGACAAGACGAUAACAAAACUUCCGAAAUGGCUGGUAUCGUAGAAGACAAUGGUGGUUUCAGCGGAAUUAUACCAGCUGCUCAUGAAGUUGGCCAUCUAAUCGGAGCCAGACACGACGGUAAUCCAAAAUACGCUACCAAUUGUUCGGCGGAUGACGGCUUCAUCAUGACCAGUGGACUGUUGCUCAAUGAAAAUGGAUUUCAAUGGUCCAACUGUUCUAUACAAGCAUUUUAUACAUUCCUUAACGAAGAAAGAGCAAAAUGUCUUUAUAAUAAACCCGUCAGAGGUCGUGCGUUACCACGAAUUCUACCUGGCAAAUUAAUGUCGCUCGAUUAUCAAUGUAAAAAAGUGCACGGACAAGGAACAAGAGCGUGUAAUACCGAUCAUACUGCCUGCAUUAGAUUAGAUUGUCUAGUACCAGGAACUAUGAGAGCGUGUACAGCUAUAGCUCCAGCAGCCGAAGGUUCUCCUUGCGGAAAUGGAGUUGUAAGUGUAUAACACAUUAGACUAAUUAG